AUGGAUCUUCUCCACAGCUGGGGCGUUGAGCUGGCGGUCUACCUGCAGACCAGAUACAGCAGAUACGAGGGUUUGUUCGAUCUGGCGUCCACAGUGGCAGAUCUGCACACCACGUUCUUCUGGUUAUUCCCGAUCUGGUUCCACCUGCGGAGGGACACAGCGCUCAGGCUCAUCUGGGUGGCUGUCAUUGGAGACUGGCUCAACUUGGUCCUGAAAUGGGUUCUUUUUGGGGAGAGACCCUACUGGUGGGUUCACGAGACCAAGUUUUACAGAGCAGGACCGGUCCCGUCGCUCCAGCAGUUCCCCAUCACAUGUGAGACUGGACCAGGAAGCCCUUCAGGUCAUGCUAUGGGUGCAGCUGGUGUCUGGUAUGUGAUGGUAACAGCACUGCUCUCUAUUGCAAAAGAAAAACAGUGCCCCCCUUUGCUGUACAAAUUUUUGCAGACGGGCCUGUGGAUGCUGAUGGCCAUGGUUGAGCUGGUGGUAUGCAUGUCCAGGGUUUACAUGGCUGCUCACUUCCCACACCAGGUUAUUGCAGGAGUCAUUACAGGUGUACUGGUAGCUGAGGUUGUCUCCAAGAAGAACUGGAUCUACAGCGCCAGCAUGAAGAAGUACUUCCUCAUAACCCUCUUCCUGACCUCUUUUGCUGUUGGCUUCUACGUCCUGCUCAAAGCUCUGGGUGUGGACCUGCUGUGGACCAUGGAGAAAGCCCAGAAGUGGUGCAUCAGGCCAGAGUGGGUCCACCUGGACUCUGCUCCCUUCGCCAGCCUCCUGCGCAACAUGGGCACCCUGUUUGGCCUGGGUCUGGGCCUGCACUCACCGCUCCUCAGUGGCUCCAAGAAGAAGAGCGCGAGUGCCAGUUUCAGGAUCGGAUGCAUUGUUGUCUCUCUAUUCCUGCUUCAACUGUUAGAUGGGUGGACAUUUUCCCCUGAAAACCAUAUGACUUUCUAUUCCCUUUCCUUUGGUAAGAAUGUAGUCGCACUUUUGAUCCCAACCACUCUGGUGCCUUGGGCUCUCAGCAAGAUUUAUCCUGUAAAGACAGAAGGCAAAAACCUAUAGAGUCAACUGGAAAUUAAGUUUCUAUAUUUACUAGGAUUGUUCUCAUUUUCAAAACAACAUUAGGUCUCAGUUUCCCAGAUUUGGAUUAAGCCUCAUCUGUGGAGAUCCUCACUCAUCUUUUUCUUUUAGUCUGCAGCUUAAACCAUAUCUAGGAAACUUGGGCCGGCCUCGUUCCCUCUUAGAAGUAAUGGGAUACUUGGCUCCUGGGAACAACAUUCAGUGUCCAAAUCUAUAUUAGACAUUGAAUGUUAUUGUUCCCAGUGUCCAAAUAUGAAUCAAUAUCUAUAUGGCCCCCCACUGAACACUUUCAGAUGAACGCUGUCAACCUCUCUGAUACACUGGGACCCCACGUUUGUUUAAUCUGUACAAAAAUUUCAAAUGAAUCCAAAAAACGUUUGUUUUUUGGGCAAAAAAGAAGCUUCAGAUGUGCUGACAGGAGGGUUUUACUGCACAGAGACAGAUCUGACCAGGAUGCUAUGCUAAGCUACGCUAAGCUCUCUCCUAUCUGCAGCUCAGACACAAAAGUGGCACCAGUCUUCUCAUUUAGCUAUGUUGAAGUAAAAUCUGAACAAUUUUCUUCUAAAGAGUACAAAUGGUGCUAUUAGGAUUUCAGCUGACACAGUGCUACUGCCAUCAUAUUUCACCUCCUGAAAAUCAAAUAAUGGUUCAUUUUUGUGCAUCUAAUUAAAUUUUUGUCAGGUUUAAAUGCUGACAGAUUCUUAUGUUUACAAUAACGGUCUUUUUUGGUGUCUGUAACACUGUAAGCUCCUUUCACGUCAACAGUAUACAGGAAAUAAAGAUUUUUAGGAAUACACACAACCAGCACC